AUAAGAAAAAAAAGCAGCGAAAGGAACUGAAAAAACGAAGAGAAAAAAACAAAGAUAGAAAAACGAUCAUACAAGCUCGACAGACCAUGUCGCGAGAGAGACCUAGACGAGCUACUUUGCCUCCUGUUCAAGAGCACAUUGAGAAAUUAGAGAAAAUUGUAGAGGAAGGUAAUUUCUAUGGAGCACAACAGAUGUACAAGUCUAUCAGUGCACGCUAUGCAUCUGCUCAGAGAUUUUCUGAAGCUUUGGAGCUCCUUCAGUCAGGUGCAUGCCUCCAAUUGAAACAUGGCCAGAUUACUUGUGGGGCGGAGCUUGCUGUUUUGUUUGUGGAGACACUUGUUAAAGCAAAAAUUCCUUAUGAUGAUGAAUCCCUUGACCGUAUCAGGAAAAUCUACAAGACAUUUCCUCAGAUACCUGUUCCGCAUCACUUGGGCGACUUGGGUGAUGACGAUGAUGUCCAGGAGCUUUCUGAAGCCCUGGGAGCAGCAAAAACACGUGUGGAGGGCUGUUCAUCAUUCUUAAAAGCUGCUAUAAAGUGGUCCUUGGAGUCUGGAGCUCCUAGGAAUGGAGCCCCAGAACUACAUGUUAUGCUGGCUGAAUAUUUGUAUUCUGAAUCUCCUGAGUUGGACAUGGCUCGAGUAUCACGUCAUUUUGUUAGAGGAAACAACCCAAAGAAGUUUGCAUCUAUUCUAAUUAAUUUUAUGAGCAAGUGCUAUCCCGGUGAAGAUGAUUUGGCCAUUGCACGGGCAAUUCUAAUGUAUUUAUCUCUAGGUAAUCUGAGAGAAGCUAAUUUUCUAAUGGACGAAGUGAAGAAACAAGUGGAGUCUAAGCAGGUGGAGCUUUCUCAAUCAGAGUUGAUCCAAUUUAUUACUUUUCUUCUGCAGACGUUGGAGAGGGACGCUUUGCCUCUUUUUAACAUGUUGAGGGCAAAUUACAAGUCAAGCAUAGACAGGGAACCUGCUUUUAACGAGUUGCUAGAUGACAUUGCAGAGUUGUUCUAUGGAGUGCAACGUAGGAAUCCCUUGCAAGGGAUGUUUGGGGACAUAUUAAAGAUGAUGUGAUGAGCAGUGCGUCGACAAUGGUUCAAUCAUGUACCUCUGCAUUUUUGUUCGUUGCAAGUGUUUAAUCUAUUACCAUAGUGAAAAGAGAGUUAUUUUGGUCAAUUCAUUAUCGUUGUUUUUUCAAAAUAUUUUGUAAAGGAAGAUUGAACCUCAUAUCUCAAGCUCGCUCGCUAAACAGCAUUUUAUGCCAUUGGGGGUCAACAGGCCAUGGCAUUUGUAAUUCAUUUUUUUUUUUUUUAAAUGGAAAAACAGACUAAAUUGCUUACCAGCUCAAA